AACAUUUUUUCUUCAUCUUAACCUAAAUUAAUUACACAAAUUCUAAUUCUUGAAAUCCAUUCAAAAUUUAAAUUACCCGCUACAUAAUACGAGCACUCUGUUUCCACUUUUGACCGCAAAACAAGGGUGACACUGCGGUCAAUACAUAAAAAAUUAAUUGAAAUUGUUUAAAUAAUAAUCAUAAUGUAUUAUUAUUGUCAAAACAAGAGAUUAUUCAAACUAAAUUACAUAAGUUUUGUGGACAAAUAUUAAUUAAACACUUAUUAAUCAACUAAUGUAUUAAAUCGAGAAUAACAACAAAAUUCAUAAUGUCAAGUCAAAUAUGUUUGAAGUGGAAUAGUUUUCUAAAUAACAUUGUGAAAAGUUUUGAGAAUCUUUGGGAAGAAGACAGUUUAGUUGAUGUAACAUUAGCAAGUGAUGGAAAAUGUUUGACUGCACAUAAAAUAAUUCUAUCAGCAAGUAGUCCAUUCUUCAAGAAAAUUUUCGAGACAAAUCCUUGUCAACAUCCAGUGAUAAUUCUCCAAGAUGUGCAUUUCAGUGAAUUAGAAGCAUUAUUAAUAUUUAUAUACAAAGGAGAAGUCAACAUAGAACAAGAUCAACUACCAAUCCUACUAAAAGCAGCUGAAACUCUUCAGAUUCGAGGUCUAUCCGGUGGAGAAAUUUCAGCAAAUAAAUCUUUUAAAAGACUAGUCGAUUGGGAAUUGAACAGCAGUGACCAGACGACCAAUAAUUCUGAAGAGUCACCGAAGAAAAAGUACAAAAACUCACGAGGACAAAAUAACAAUUCAAUAUUUGAAAAAACAACUGCUAAGAAAUCGAGGUUUUCAAACUCAACUGGGGUUUUUAAUCAUGAUAAAGCUAACAGAGAUAGUAACUUACUAUCAGAUAGCAUUGCUCAUUCUGUUUAUCCUCAGUUAGAAAUGAAAAUAGAACCACUGGAGUCGAUAGCAGAUGAAUUGCAGAAACAAAUAGAAGAUGAUGUUGAUCAGCUGGAGAAUAGAUUUAACACAAGCCAAUCCAAUCACUCGCAAUGUCUCGAGAAUACUUCUACUCAAGAUGUCCCUGGAAUACCUGAUAAUAUUCCUGGAAAAUUUAAAACACUAAAACCACUACUCUAUGCCUAUCAACGAUUACCAUAUGCUGAUUUACUUCCUAGUCCAGAUGUUAUAUCAACAUGGGCAUCAUCUAGACCCAUGGAUCAUCUAGCUUGUGACCUUAUGAAAAUACUUUUCACCCCUGAAGAAAGAAUCCUUUGCAAUGUUAAUGGUAAAAUGGGCAAACAACAGUUUGAUAGUGAUAAAAUACAUUUGAUAAGAGAAGUUUUGUUACAUUUUAGUAAUAUUAGUCCGAAUAGUAUUCAAUGGGAAGAGACAUGGAAAAAUUGUGUUACUAAAAUAGAUACUAGUAAUAGGGGAUUUAAGAGAUAUUUAUUUCAGAGAAAGGCAAUUAAUACCCACUGACUAUUACCCUUUAUGUUUAGGAGUAGGAAUAAAAAUGAAUGCAGUAGCACUUCAUGGUGUUUCAAAGAAACCUUUAAAUAAUUUAUUUAUUGACUGGCAAUGAUUAUCAUGCUGACCAGCAUGCUAAUUGUCAACAUAAGAUAGACAUGGUGUAAAAUUUAUUCUAGCCACGUAUGAGCUUUUGAUUAAUUUUAAAAUCAACAACAUAAAUGUAUAGAAUCUUUCUGCGAUAUUAUUUGUGAUGUAUUAUGGUUAGCCUUGGUAAGAUGUUAAAGUCAAAAGGCAUAAGAUUAAUUAUUUCUUUGAUAGAAGUACGUAUCUGGAUGUAUGUAUGUAUAUAUUAUCAACAAAUUAUCUCAUAAUGUUACUCAAUAUUGUAUAAUUCAAAUAUUUCAAUGCUUUAAAUUAUUUUUAAGGCCAAUUGUUAGACACAAAGACCUUUUAUUUCAUGACAAAAUUAUUUUUUAUGGUUUAACAAGUCUAGAAAUGUUA